AUGACUCAUCUAGAAUCAUACAUAAAAGAAAUAGUUCGUAAAAUAUUAAUCUCUUCCGGUGAACCAUUCACUACAUCAGAUAUUAUUGUUGAUAUAAUCUAUGAGUAUAUAUGUAGAGCUGUCCACUACAUUCGUAUGCAUUUAUCUACAAAUCUACCUGAUUUACGUGAUCUAUUAAUCAUGUGCCGUGAUCAACCGAUUCGAUUGACAAGAAUAGUAAAAUACUUCCGUACAAUCUCUCAAAGUUCAUGUAUUAAAAUGGCUGAUGUAGAGGGUAUUGAUGAACAGUUGUCAUCAUUCGUUAAGGAUCAUUAUGAUAUCGAUGAUGAUAAUGAUGAUGUUGAUCGUGAUGGUGGCGGUGAAGAAGACGAUGAUUGUAAUAUGAGCAAUAAUAAUAAUAAUACGGAGAAGGAGGCAAACGGUCUUCGUGGUGGUGAUUCAAUCCUACUACAAAAUUCCAAAUUAGUCAACUCUCUUCUCUCCAAUGAAGAUACAAAUUGGUUACGAUUAAACAGUCUACUUGAUCAAUUGUCAAUACCAUCACCUUGUCAAUCUGAAUUAUUUUGGCGAAAAUUCAACCCAAAAUUAUUACAAAUUUAUGAAAAGAUAAGUCAAGGCAGAUCGCUACGCUUGUUGAGAAUUGACUCAAAAUCGUGUUGUUCAACAGUUGAAGAAUUUCUCGCUUUUAGUCGAUUAAGACAAUCAGCUAGUUUUACAAGUAUAACAAGAUCAAGGAAUUUUGAAAAAUUUUGGUAUUGGCUUUUCUAUUAUCCAUUGAAUGUGAAUAACAAAGAUACUACGAUAAAAAAGAAGACAAAAGAGGCGAUAUCCUCAUCAUCACCAGGAACACAAACACAAACACCACCCGCUUCACCAAUUCUAUUGACAAGCAAGGAAAUGAGAGAAUAUUAUUUGAAAAUGAGAACUAAGAGUACUUCUUCGUCGUCUGCUCGUGCUGAAGCCAUCACUGCCACUGCCGCCGCCGCCACUACUACUACUACUACUACAUGGGAUGCACCUCUCCAUGAAGGUCUACUUAUCGUUGCCUACUUGUUAACUGGUGAUAUUCUAGAUGUUAUUGAUAUGAUAUUAUUUAACCGACAAAAGUUGGACAUCAAUUUAUCCUCACCGAUUACACCAAUUGAAGUUAAAGAAGUAUUGAGAGUUUUUAGAACUGUAUUAUAUCCAGUGUAG